AUGAUGAAGCAGCGCCAAGACGCAGAUCCCGAAGCUUCGAGCCGGAAGCGAAGGCUGGAUGAAGCAGACAGCCCAGUUGUACAUUGCUUGGAUGCCUGGGACGUGUCUUACUAUACUGACCUCUUGCAAAGGGAGGAGUUGCACCUGGAUGAUGCGAAAGUCAAGGAGUUUUUUCCACUAGAAGGAACUAUUCAACGCAUUCUUGAAGUUUAUUCCGAGCUUCUCGGUCUGAAAUUCGAGCGCAACGCCGGGUUGCCUGUGUGGCAUGAAGAGGUCGUGGCUUUUGAGGUCAAGGAGUGCAAGUCCGACAGGCUUGUCGGACAUCUAUAUUUGGACCAGUUUCCACGUGAUGGGAAGUUUGCGCAUCAGAUGAUCCUACCCCUCGCACCAGGCUUCACGAGCAUUGGAGAGGAGUGCGUGAAGUGCGUUCCGGCUUGCGUGAACAUCUCGAACUUAGCUCGCCCGGAAGGAGGAAGGCCGGCGCUGCUGCGGCUCACCGAGAUGAAGACUUUGUUUCAUGAGCUUGGCCAUGCCAUGCAUUGCUUGUGCACUCAGACUCGCUUUUCUAUUCUCUCGUGGGCCUGGCCGAUGGUGCCUUGGCCCGGUGGAGUCGAGCAGGAUUUCUUGGAGGUGCCUUCCAUGGCUUUGGAGAAGUUCGCCGGCGAGCCCUCCCUGCUCCACCGAGUGGCCCGGCAUUUCUCAGGAGACGGAAGCAAGCUGGAUGCAGCAGCUAUCGAACAGAUCCAGAAGCUGGAGAGGUUCAUGGCAGGCACACAGGAAAGCCGACUUAUAUCCAUGUCCAUGAUCGAUCUGUUGCUGCACUCGCAAGCUCCUCCCUAUUCUUUCGAUGGGAAAGCUGGGCUCUCACCACCCGAACUGUAUAGGUUGGUUGUCGAGAAAUGCACAUCCUUGAAGCAACUGCCGAACACGAACUUUUGUGCAUCCUGGUAUCAUCUCUACAUCGGUUAUGAUGCUGGAGUGUACGGCUAUGCCUGGAGCGACGUGUUUGCGGUGGAUAUCUUUGAAUCCAUGCGGACCUGCCAGACCGGACCACUUAGCGCGGAGACGGGUGAGCGGCUUCGCUCGCAAAUCCUCGAGCCGUGCGCGACGAAGCCGGGAUUCGACAUGCUGCGUGGUUUCCUGGGACGGGAGCCUUCGGUGGAUGCCUGGUGCCGCUUCAAAGGCAUCCAGUGA